AUGGAACCAACGUGUAUUGUGAGUGGCAUCGUUUUGACUGUUUUUAGAAUAUCACGAGUUUUCGGCUUAGCUCCUCUGUCUAUUACACAAAUUCAGGAAGGACAUCGCAUCACCUUGUCAAAAGUAGCUAUUUACUAUGGCUAUCUACUAUUGGGAUUGUUAUUACCAAAAUUUUUCGUAAACAUUUUGGUCGAGCUACAUCGGAUCAUGUUCCUAGUGAUGGAAAUUCAAAUGACAAUCAUAGGAUUCGAAAUACACAAACGAUUGGAAUAUAUUGAAAACCAAUUAGGCGAGCUUAAUAAAAAUAUCAGAGAGGGACAUAUUGUUCACUCUGAAGAUGCUUUUGACAACGUGGAGUUAUCAUUCCGACCAUUAAGCAAAUAUUUUCUCAUAACUUGUGAAUGUAUUGAAAAGAUAGAAAAAUCUGAAGGUUUUUUUGCUUUGAUAUCGAUCUCGCUAUGUUCUAUUCAAGUUAUAUUCACAGCCGAUCAAUUAGCUUCUAAUGUCGGCAAUGAGCACGAUAAGAAGACCAAACCACAAAUGUCUGAUAUUUUGAUAUCUCUUCGGGCGCUCAGUAAGGCUUUUGUGACUAUAUGUAACAUUUGUUAUAAAUACAAUGAUUCCGAUAGUUUACUGGCCUUGGCAUUAUCAUCAACGUGUACAAUAAAUUUAAUAAGAACUAUAUACAACUUCUCACAAGCUUGUACAUCAAGUGAUGUUGACCAUAAGACGUUUCAAAUAUAUCUGGAAUUUUGUUAUAUGGUGUUGCAUUUAUUCAGAAUUAUUUUAUACGUGGAUUCAUCUUCGGAAAUAAGCAAGGAAGUGGACGAAAUAAGAUAUCAAAUAGCACAAUUAUCUCAAUUAGUCACGUCUGUUGGAAAGAUAAUGCCCCUGGAAGCUGAAAUUUUUCAGUCCGGCGUGUUAAUCAAUAAUCCAGUGCUGAUGCCUAUGGGCUUAUUCACAGUGUCUCGAGGGCUGAUUGGGCCGGCUGGAGAUAAGGAGAUGCCUGACCUUAAAAGGUUGCGAUAUGGGCCCACGAUUCAUCCUCUCUACACAGUGGUGUCCUUUGUCCAUCACGACAGCUUCGGCGAGAGAUCAGAAGGCUCGAGUCCCUUCAGAAGGCUCAGGGAGGAGGGUAGGUAG